AUGAUUGACGGGCUUAUUGUUUUGAACAAGGAUGGAAAUGCGUUGCUGCACUCGAGCUUUAAGCAACCAAGCUUUUACCCAGCUAUACACAUUGACACAUACAACUACAAGCAACCAAUUGAGCCUUUUUUCACAGUAGAUACACCCCCAAAUGGAUCAUUUAGUAGUUUUAUACGGGUCAAUGAUAUCGUAAUCUUAUGUCCAUUCAAUAAGAAUGUGGACCUGUCGAUCCCAAUAUCGUUCAUUCAAUUAACUAUUAAGCUGCUAGUUGAUUACUUUGGCAAGCUCAAUGAGUCUGUAGUACGCGAUAACUUUGACAUCAUCUACCAGCUUAUGGAAGAAAUACUCGAUAAUGGCUUCCCUGUUACCACGGAAACUGCCGUUUUGAGCGAUAUCGUCGUUCCGCCUUCGACGCUGUCCAAGCUCAUGUCGUCAGCUGGAAUGAAUGUGAAGAGUCAACCAAACGUUAGACCUUACGCAUCGCCAAUCACAUGGAGGAAGGCGGGCGUCAAGCACAAUAACAAUGAAAUAUUCUUCAAUGUUAUCGAGUCGAUAGAUGCGAUUGUUGAUAAGCACGGAAAUGCAGUCAUGGCUGAGAUCAAUGGACAAAUUGAGUGUGAUUCGAGACUGUCUGGCACUCCCGACAUACUAUUAACAUUGAAGAAUUCCACUUCGAUUGAAAAAACAUCCCAGCAUGCAUGCAUAAGAUACCAGCGUUGGAUUAGAGAACGCGUUCUCUCAUUCGUUCCACCAGACGGCCGUUUUAGAUUGAUUUCCUUCGAACCUAAAGUGAAACCUCGCUUGCCGAUAAGCAGUAAAUGCUCGAUGAAGGUGUCCCCCUAUGAAGGUAACUUUGAAUUAAUUUUGACAAAUACUGUCGGAAAGAAGAUGGAGGGUGUUGAGUUGAGUAUAUUUCUCGGACACGGUGCAGUGUCUGCACGGGGCGAGUGUAAGAAGAAAAACACACCUUCUGGGAGCAAGGCAAUAAGCUCGAACGAGUUCGAUCAUGUCACCAAGAUAUUCAAAUGGAACAUAUCCCAUAUAGAACCAACUAGCGUACAUACCCUGACUGCAAACUUCAAAUCAAGCGAAGAAUCACCACGACCCGAGACUGCGUUCGGAGUCAACUUCAGAAUACCUCAGCAUACAGCUUCUGGAGUCCAGAUUGAUGGUGUCAAAAUCGCAGGCGAUGCUGGCUACAAGCCAUACAAAGGAUUCAAGGGUGAACUGACAAGUGGAAGCUACGAAAUACGUUGGUAA